UAGAGCACAGCCGGCUUCUUGUCUCGGCGUACACGGUGCAUGAGCCAUGGAGACCCCCGGCGAGGACGAGCUGCUGGAGAUGAUGAUGGAGAGAAGCUUCACAGACUUAGACGAGAAGGCCAGGGACAGGCCUCCUAAGAAAAUUAUUCCCAGGACUAAACUCUGCAGAGGUCUGUACAAUAGAUAUUGUGUUCUGGAUGUGAAGGAGGUGUAUGCGCCCAGAGAGGAGAAGCACCUCACUAUUACAGCUCACCAGGAGGGAGAAGACACAGAACUCUGCAUUCUUAAGGAUGACUGGGUUGGAAUUCAAGUGAAACCGGGAGAUGUUAUUCACCUGGAGGGUAAUGCAGCACUGCCAAAUACAUGGACUGUGGACAAGGAUUCUGGAUAUAUCAUAUUAUUCCCUGACCUGCUCAUAUCUGGGACCAGCAUAGCAAAUGGUAUUCGAUGCUUACGGAGAUCAGUGCUGAGUGAGAAAUUCAAGGUUUGUGAAAAAGGUUCAAGGCAAAUGUUGAUUGGUACAAUGUUGCAUGACGUCUUCCAGAAAGCAACAACUUGUGGUUUUGGGGAGAAAGUUUUGCAAAACCUCGCUCUCCAGACUGUUUAUGGACCCAAAUAUCUGAAAGAAAUGUACCAAUUAAACUUAAAUCAAGCUGACGUUUUCCAAGAAAUUGAGGAAUAUCUUCCAUCAUUCCAAAGAUGGACAAAUGACUAUAUGACACCUGUGUCACAAACGAAGAGGACACUUGGCACAUCUGCUGGAAGCAUUACAGAUACAAGAGCUGUUCAGGUGUCUGAGUUCCUGGACAUUGAGGAAAAUGUUUGGUCACCUAGAUUUGGCCUAAAGGGAAAAAUUGAUGUAACUGCCAAAGUGAAGAUACAUCAGAAAUCAAAAUCUGUUAAAAUAAUGCCACUUGAACUGAAGACUGGUAAAGAAUCAAACUCAAUAGAACACAGGAGCCAGGUAAUUUUGUAUACUUUAUUAAGUCAAGAAAGGAGAGAAGAUCCUGAAGCCGGCUUGCUUUUAUAUCUGAAAACAGGAAAUAUGUACACUGUGCCUGCAAAUCGUCUGGACAAAAGAGAAUUAUUAAAAAUAAGAAAUGAGUUGUCAUUUUAUUUAAAGAAUGUGGUACAUAAAUCUGACAACGGAACCAGAGAAAUUAAACUUGCCUCUCUACCCUCACUCAUUGCUGACAAACAAGCUUGCAGAUUUUGUUCUCAACUUCGGAAUUGUGCACUUUACAGCAGGUCUGUGGAGCAGCAGAGUGGUAGUUUCUAUAUUCCUAAUGACAUGCUUCCAGUUAUUGAGAGCGAGACUGCACAUCUGAAAGCCUCUCAUCUGCAGUACUUCAGUCUCUGGUAUCUCAUGUGCUCUUUAGAAACAAUAUCAAAAGAUUCAAAAAUGGGCCGAAAAAAUAUCUGGAUGCUAUCAUCUGAAGAAAGAGAAGAGGAUGGGCAGUGCGUUGGAAACCUCAAUUGUAUAGGAAGUGUACAGAGUAUAAGUGAUGGACAAUACCUCCAUUGCUUUCAGCGUCGGGCUGGUGAUAUUCCUGCUACAAACCUAAUAACAGGAGACAGAGUUGUAGUUAGCGGAGAGGAAAUGAAGUUCCUCGCUCUCUCCACCGGUUACAUCAAAGAGGUGAACAGAAAUAAUAUAACCUGCAUUUUGGACAGAAGUCUGGCCAAGAUACCGCAAGGUACUGCAUUUAGAUUGGAUCACGAGGAGGGAGGUGGUGGCAUGGAAUCUCACCUGGGGAACCUGUCCAAGCUGAUGGUAAAUUCACCUGCAAGUGAGAAGCUUAGAGAUUUAAUUAUAGAUUUUAAAAAGCCAGGCUUUAUUCAACAUUUAAGCAGCGUUCUACCUCCCGAUGCAAAGGACACUGUGGCUAACAUAUUGAAAGGCCUCAAUAAGCCUCAGAAGCAAGCCAUGAAACGUGUUCUCUUAUCUACGGAUUAUACACUGAUUGUUGGCAUGCCAGGAACGGGGAAGACCACCACCAUCUGCACUUUAGUACGAAUUCUCUAUGCCUGUGGCUUUAGCGUCUUGCUGACCAGUUAUACUCACUCUGCAGUAGAUAAUAUUCUCUUGAAAAUUAAAAAAUUUAAAGUUGGAUUUUUACGAUUGGGUAGAACACAGAAAAUACACCCGGAAGUUCAGAAAUUUGGUGAGGAAGAAAUCUGCAAAACGAAGUCCAUAAAGUCACUAAGUGCUCUAGAAGAACUCUACAACAGUCAGCCAGUAGUUGCGACCACAUGCAUGGGCGUCAAUCAUCCAAUCUUCACCAGAAGGAGGUUUGACUUCUGCAUCAUAGAUGAAGCAUCUCAAAUAAGUCAGCCAAUCUGCCUUGGCCCCUUGUUUUUUGCCGACAGAUUUGUGUUAGUGGGAGACCAUCAGCAACUCCCACCACUCGUCCAAAGUGCAGAAGCCAGGGAAUUGGGAAUGAGUGAGAGUUUGUUCAAGAGGCUGGAGAGGAACCAGGAUGCUGUUGUCCAGCUCACUGUGCAGUAUCGUAUGAAUAGCAAGAUAAUGGCUCUGAGCAAUAAGCUAGUAUAUGAAGGGCGGCUAGAAUGCGCCUCUGAGCGUGUGUCCGCUGCCAUCAUCCAUCUACCUCAGCUCCAGUCUCUGCAGCUGGAGUUGGAAUUCAGGGAGUCCCCAGAAAAUGCGUGGGUCAGAGAUGUUUUACAACCAAGCAACCCAGUCUUCUUUCUGAAUACAGAGGAGAUUCCUGCUUUAGAAACAGAAGAAAAAUGCGGUGUCAGUAACUCGAUUGAAGCCAAGUUGGUGUUCCUAUUAACGUCUCUGUUCCUGAAGGCUGGAAGCAAGCCCUCCGACAUCGGGAUCAUCGCUCCAUAUCGUCAGCAAUUGAAAGUGAUCUCUGGCUAUUUUACUAACUUGUCAUACAGCGCUGUAGAGGUUAACACCGUGGACAAAUACCAGGGAAGAGACAAAAGUAUUAUCAUUUUGUCAUUCGUUAGAAGUAAUAUUGAAGGGAAACUUGGGGAUCUUCUAAAGGAUUGGAGGAGACUGAAUGUGGCCCUCACACGAGCCAAGCACAAGCUCGUAAUGAUCGGCUGUGUUCCUACACUGUGUCGCUUUGAAUCCCUGGAGAAGCUAAUCUGCCAUCUGCGGAGUGAAAACCUCAUUAUGAAUCUCCCUCCAGGAGCUCAUGAACACUUUCCAAUGUGAUCCAUGCGAUUGCGUAUACGGUGGAUAUCAUUUCAAGAUUUCAAUAGCUGCUUUACUUUUCCAGAGGAGAUUCUUUCAAAGACAAUCACUGGACCUAAUGUGAUUUGUUGUUAAUGCUGCUGGAAAAUUCCCGUGUAUAGAAGUGUCCUGUACGUGUAGUGACCCUGCUUUGUUACCGUUCCUGUCGUAACCUGGAUAUAAAUGUAGCUGUUGCAAUGAAAUGGUUAUUGAAGGGGUUCUCCCAUAAGUGUCUGAUCGGCUGUGGUCCAACUGCUGGGAUGGAGCCUUGUAUUUGAAUGGACCAGUGGUCACUCCUGCACAAUUCCCCUCCAUUCAAUUCUGUUGGACUGCCGGAGACAGCCAACCGCGUGUACUCGGCUACUUAUGGCAGUCCCGUAGAGUUGGAUGGGGGGUGGUAGUGUGCAUACUUGACCACUGAUGGCAUUCAGACGUGGUAUCCAGUGACUGGACACCUGCGAACCAGACAUUAAAUACAUAUCCUGAGGAUAAUGGGACAACCCUCUUGAGUGUUAGUUCAUUAUAUUGAUUAUUUGGUAAUCGAAGCACAUUCCUGACCUCCAUCUCAUCCAGUCUCUUGAUGUUAGUUUUAGAUUAACCAUCUCCUUUGUAAAAAGCGGUGUACGUUUCGGAUACACUAAAGAGCAGUCACAUUGAUGUUGCGUGCACACAUGUAGCCGCUCAUUCAUGUAAAGUAAUACGCUAUAAUAAUAAUUUUGUUGUGACUGGAAAAUGUUCAGAGUUCAAUCUUGCCUCACUGGUCUACAGUAAUUAAGCUAUGGUCUAAACUAAUUUAUGUGUUUG